AUGUGUCCUGUCACCCCAAGGCGGAGCCACCCUAAGGUCGGAGGGCUUCGCGGAUGCCCGGAGCGGCCGGGCGGGCCGCGGCAGGUGGAAGAGCCGCUUCCGGGAGCCGCGGGCAGGGAUCAUCUACAUGCUGCAGGUCAUGUCUGCAUUCUUAAAGAUGCUUUCACUUAUGAGAGUCCAACAGAAGUAGCAAAUCUAACCUCUGCAAACAAGUUUGAUGCAGCCCUGGCCAUUCAUCUAUAUAAAGGAGGCAGACUUCUGCAAGGUAGCAGAAUUCCUUUUGGAAUCAUCUUUGGUGGGACAGAUGUAAAUGAAGACAUCAAAUGUGAAGAGAAACGUCGGGUAAUGGGAGCAGUACUAGGAGAAGCCAGGUUUGCAGUGGCUUUCACCAUGAAAAUGAAGGAACUGGCAGCAGCAGAGUGGCCAGAUGCUAGGAAGAAAAUCUAUGUCCAAACUCAAGGAAUUAAGACUACACCCAGUGAAACAUUUGACUGGUACAGUUUUCUACAAAAUUCAGACAUUCCUACAGAUACAGACAGUUUACAUAUGUUCCUUUUGAUAUGUGGACUUCGAAGAGUCAAAGACCCUCUGUAUUUAGUGAAUGUAUUUUCAGAUUGGCACAGAAAGGAUCCCAGUGUCCAUCUGGCCAUCAUUGGACCAGCAGUUGAUCCACUUUUUACAAGUGAAGUUAAGGAAAAAGUUAAAAGGUCACCUGGAGUACAUUUGUUACAGGAGCUGCCACAGGAUGAUCUUCAUGCUGCUAUGAAAAGGUGCUUUGCUGUGGUGAACAGCUCCAUCUCAGAGGGGAUGUCUGCUGCCAUUCUGGAGGCAAUGGAUUUAAAUAUUCCAGUGCUGGCAAGGAACAUUCCUGGGAAUGCAGCAAUAGUAAAACAUAAGGAAACGGGACUGCUAUUUUCAGAUCCCCAGGAGUUUGUUGUGCUGUCCAAGAGUUUGAUGAAUGACCCUAUUAUGGAAAGAGAAAUUGUAACAAGAGCCAAAGAUUAUGUGAAGAAACACCAUUCAUGGGAAAGUGAAAGGAAAGUCUAUCAGGAUCUUGUCCUAAGACUCCAGUGA